UCUCAUGGAGGCUCCAAUAGAGGCACCUCAAGACUCUAUCAUCCUUCGCAGGCAUGGUGCGCGGCAGUUGCGUGUUGUACAGAAAGAGUUAGUGCACUGAAAGGCUCCAAAGGAAAAGACUGUGAAAUUCCUGUACCUGUGGGUGUUUCAGUGACUGAUGAAAAUGGUAAAGUUAUAGGAGAACUCAAUAAAGAGAAAGACAGAAUUUUGGUAGCUGAAGGAGGUCUUGGUGGUAAAUUACUUACAAAUUUCUUACCAUUGAAAGGCCAGAAGCGAGUAAUUCACCUUGAUCUGAAACUUAUAGCUGACAUAGGCCUGGUGGGAUUCCCAAAUGCUGGAAAAUCCUCUUUGCUAAGUAAGAUUUCUCAUGCAAAACCUGCAAUUGCAGAUUAUGCAUUUACAACAAUAAAGCCUGAACUUGGAAAAAUUAUGUAUAGUGAUUUCAAACAGAUAUCUGUAGCUGAUCUUCCUGGUUUAAUAGAAGGAGCACAUAUGAACAAAGGAAUGGGCCACAAAUUCCUCAAGCAUAUAGAAAGAACUAAACAACUGCUUUUUGUUGUUGAUAUUUCUGGAUUUCAGCUUUCUUCCCAAACUCAUUACAGAACUGCUUUUGAAACCAUAAUACUGCUUUCAAAAGCACAAAAUCACUUACUGAUUUCAGAGGUGUGA